AGACCUCUGUGGUCUCCAUCCCACAAGCACAACUGCCAGGCUGGGAGUCUGGGGUCCUGGAGGCAGCAACAGGUGAAGCCCACACGGGGCUCCCCCCUCUCCCCACAGCCUCCGGCCACCGGCUGACAACCCCUCCUCCAUCCCAAACAGAAAAAGAAGGAAUGCUCAGGUAGGCGUGAAACUGCUGCAAGCAGAGCAAGAGGAGGAGAGGGGAAGGAGGGGCUUGUCUGACAGACCACUCACUGGUGCUAUAAAAUGCUCUCUGGCUCCUGCCACACUCCAAAAGCAGCUUUAAGCGCAUGCAAGCACACACACGUGUGCAAAGAGGAGACACCAGCUGCGCAGUGUGUGACCACGGAGCUUAACUCCUUCUCAGCUAGGAGAGCCAGCCAGAGAAAGUGGAUGAGCACCAUCGGCAAGGCGUCAGGGGAAAGGAGUUGCUGGGAGCUGCCUGCCCACCUCUUCCUUGCACUGCGCAGAACUACGAAAGGAUGAGAGAGCAGAGGUAACAGGGCAGCAGGUCCACAAGGAGGAAGCCCCCCCCCCCCGGUCCCCCCAACUCUCUUCUCACCAACCUCCUGGCCAUGUCCUCCUUUGCCAUGCUGCGCUCGGCCCCCAGCCGCUUCCUCUACCCGGAUAUCAGCAUGCUCUCAGAGGACGAGGAGGAUGGGAGUGAGAGCUCGGGGUCAGAGGACAAGCCCUACCACCUGGACGCCGGCGGGUAUGGACUCAAGAGCAGCAAGCGCCGCAGCAAGAAGGCAAACCGGAUCAACAGGGAGCCCCGCCAGCGCCACACGGCCAACGCGCGGGAGCGGGACCGCACCAACAGCGUCAACACGGCCUUCACCGCCCUGAGGACACUCAUCCCCACUGAGCCGGCCGACAGGAAGCUCUCCAAGAUCGAGACUCUCCGCUUGGCCUCCAGCUACAUCUCACACCUGGGCAACGUCCUCCUAGUGGGGGACGCGUGUGGAGAUGGGCAGCCGUGCCACACCACGCCAGCCUUCUUCCACCACAGCAGCAGCAGCAGCAGUAGUCCCCCCAUGAGGGAGAGCGAAAACUCGCAGCCCAAACAGAUCUGCACUUUCUGCCUCAGCAACCAGAGGAAGAUGAGUUGCUGUCUUUGGGCUGAAAUUGUUGAGAGAAGAUUGUGCCUCUGAGACCCGUUAUCACGCAAAUUUAAAAGAGUAAAGACCGAGACAGGAAGUCGGCGAUUCGGAGUUAAAUGAUUAUGGAUUCAGGAAGAAGGAGGAGGAGGAGGAGGAGAUUACGAGGGGAAAGAUGGAAAAGCCACACACGCAAAACCAAGACAGAAUCUUCCAGCCUGUGCCUGGCUGCUGUUGCUGCUGCCACCGGGAGCCCCGUGGUUCUACCCAAGAUUAACUUACGGCAUCCCAUCCCUGGGGAGAGACUGAGCACCCUCUGGGCCUGGCUUUGCAGGCAACAAAAACAGGCUUUCAUCUGCAAAGAAAAGCAGGACUCUGAAUGACUCUGCACUGCAGUGCUGGGAGGCGAGUGAGCUGGGGGAGCCCUUGGCAUGGCCACUGGGGCAACUGGAGAGGGGGGCUUUCUUGACCAGCAAGCAGAAGGACAUGGACUUGCACACGGCAGAACAAUCCUCACGGGCCUGAAUCCCGCUAUAGGGAGGAGGAAGAAGGCAUGGUUCCCCGUGGGGGAUGCAAGAAGAAUGACCGCAGUACAACCCCUGGACUUGCCUUCGAAUCCAUAGUUAUGGGUCAUCCUGUUCUCAGAACCUCGGGUGGGGUUACAAUCAAUACAUGCUGGAGUUUCAUGUCAUUGAUAAUAAUAUAAAUCCAACUUGUUUGUAUAGCGAGAGAA